UCCAUUCAUCAACAAUUUAUACAUAUCAAAUAUUUUGUUCUCAUACUUUAGUAGCACAAUUUUUGUUAUGCCGAUAACCUUUGUCUAAUAUUAUUAGAAUAAUGUAAAUAUUAGUAGGAUAAUGUAAUAAUAGGAAUAAAUACAAACAAGUUUAUUAUCUAAACAAAAAUCUGACUACUAAGUUCUUGAAACAACUACGUUGAUAAAUUAAAAAUGCUGAGCAGAAAUUUUAAUUUAUUAACUUCUGUGGAAGUUAGAAAAUUGUCACGUCUUCAAUUCAACGGCUUGUUGAAGCUACUUAAACCAUGUACAGUAAAUAAGACUCAACAAGCAUUUAUCACAGGCAAGGCUGCACGGACGGACCGACCUCCACGACCACCACCUUUUGAUUAUAAAAACAAAGCAUACAAAUAUUGGAAUGUAUUAACGGAUCCAAUGUUUGAAAGAUUUGAUGACAAUUCAAAAAUAGUCGUUAUUGAUGGAUUACCUGCUACAGGAAAAGAUAAAUUUGCUAAAAAACUAGCUGAAGAAUUAGAAAUGCAUUACAUGCCACCACCAAGGUUUUCUGAUCUUUUAGUUGAUGAAUAUGGUUUCGAUUAUCGUACGUUAAAUUCUCAGUUACCAGUUGAUGCCCAAUUCUUUGACGAGAAAACGUUCUUAGAAAAUCCUACUGGUCGAAAUUCUACAGCAAUUCAAGUUAAUUUCUUUUCAUUACGGUAUCACCAAUAUUUAAUAGCAUUAACACAUCUACUUUCUACGGGAGAAGGUGUUGUUAUACAGAGAUGUCCUUGGUCAGAUAUGGUUUUCAUGCAUGCAAUGAAAGAUUGUGGCUAUGUUCCACAAAGAGGAUAUGAUUAUUAUAAGAGCUGCCUUGAAUAUGGUCUUCAUCGUAUUCUACGACCACAUUUAGUAAUAUAUUUAGAUAUUCCUGCUUCAAUUGUUAAGGAGCGAAUUAAACAACGAGGUCUUCCUCAUGAAGUAAACUCAAAGGCGCUAACUAUCGAGUAUUUGAGUAAUAUUGAAAGAUAUUACAAAGACAAUUAUUUACCAACUAUUUCUAAUCACGCUCAUACACUCGUUUAUGAUUGGACCAAUGAAGGUGAUAUGAUAUUUAUUGUGGAUGAUAUUGAACAAUUGCAAUUUGAGAAUUAUCCACGGGAGAACCCAAAAAUGGGUGAUUGGAAAUUCGAUACACGAGAUGAUCAGCGUGCAGCUAGAGGUUUUUACGCUAAUGACCGAUUGGAAUUAUUAAACAAUUUGCAAGUACCGCGUUUCGAUGUUCCAGAAAUGUUAAUAACAGGACAAGAUGUUGAAAAACGUAAAAAUUUAAUAGGAAAAUUACAAGAUCAGGGGGUCAUUGCAGAGUAUGAAAAAGGAUUCAAUUAUGACAGAGAUGAAGGAGUCCUUUGGAGAAUUAGACGACUUCGGAAAUAAAAAUAUCAGAGUAAUAAUUUCUCAAUUUAUAUCAGUGUAUAUGAGAAAUUGAAUGCAAUUAAAAUAAAAUAGGCUAAAUUUAUUGUAGAAAAUAUCAAAUAUAAUUUGAUUCACAUUUUAAAUAAAUAGAUAUGUGAUAAAAUAGAA